CUCCCUUUACACCCUCACACCUCACUCACUCACACACACACACAAUACAACAAGCCUACAACUCAUAUUGUAGUAGUUGCAGACAUUGUUGAGAGAGAGGGAGAUGACAAGGAAGUCCAUGGUGGCAGUGGGGAGGAGCAAUGGGAGGAGCAGCGGUGGAGGGAUGGUGUCAUUGAGGAGGAGGAGGCCGUUCCAGCUGAUGGUGCUGAGGCGGCUCCGGGAGCUGAAGAAGAUCGUGCCGGCCACCAGCCGCCGCAGCAGCGGUGGUCGCGGCGGCGGCGGCGCCGACGUCGACGCGCUGCUCCACCGCGCCGCCGAGUACAUCUGCGCCCUGGAGGUCAAGGUCGCCGUCCUCCGCAAGCUCUCCGCCAUCUACGGCGCUUAAUUAGGCUCAUGCAUAUGCACCACGGACAGCCAUGUCGCCGCCGCCAUCGCCGUUCUGCAUGCAUGCCAGUGUCGCCGGCCAUGCACUGUACAUGUAGCCUAUGUAGGAAGGAGAACGAAGGCCGGGAGGAGCAGCUAGCCACCUCCAUUUCUCUGAUCUACCCCUUUCUCUCAGCUAGCUUAGCUCUCUCCCAUCUUCUAUCACCCCCCACAACUAGUAGUGUAGUAGCAUAUCAUGUGCCUCCUGUAAUACAAUAUGUGAUUAUUGGUUAAUUGGUCACAUAUGGGAGUGCGUUAAUUAUCGAUCACUUAUUAAUUAGCCUGGCUAGCUAAACUAGCUGCAGAAUCAAAGCUAGCCAAACCGUUUAUUCUCUUCAGUUGUUACUACCAAGGAAAUGUUUUGACUGGUGUUUGUUAGUUGGCUGGGAAAAUGAAGAAAUAUGCAUGCAUGAUUCAAGUAUCGAUCAA